AAUCGUAGUAGUACAGAGCAAAAGGGCUCGAAAAAAAAUUGAAACUUUUUGUAAUUUCAUUUGAUAUUUCUUUUUUUUGGGUGAUGCAGUCUCUUCUCGCUGAUUUCUCUAUCUCUCCCUCUCACUUCAAUUUCUGUCUCCCUCUUAUUGCGUAGUAUGUAUGCUCUUUGCUUUACAGAGAUUACUUGAGUUGCUGCUUCAAAGAUGGGGGGUUGUGUGUCUUUCCAACUAUCUUGCGAUCAAGUGUUGAACCGUGCCGGUAGCUGCUUUUGUGGCAGAGGUAAUUACAUUCGUAACCUCGAGAAGAAUUUGGUGGCUCUUGAGAAAUCCAUGGAAGUACUAAAGGCAAGGCGAGAAGAUGUGUUAAGAAGGGUGCUGAGGGAGGAGGGCAAAGGUCUACAAAGACUUAACGAAGUCCAGGUAUGGCUUACGAGUGUUCAGACCAUCGAGAACCAUUUUGAUGAUUUAAGUAGUUCUAAAACCGUUGAACUUCAAAGGUUGUGUCUUUUUGGUGUUUGUUCAAAAAACUUAACAUCUAGCUUUCAGUACGGGAGAAGGGUAUUUCUGAUGUUGAAAGAGGUUGAGAGUAUCAAAUCUGAUGGAGUCUUUGAAGUUGUGGCUGAUUCAGUAAUGGCAGAUGUGGUGGAGGAAAGACCUCUGCAACCAAUGAUUUUUGGUCGAGAAACAAUGCUAGAAAGGGCAUGGAACCGUCUCAUGGAUGAUGAGACUGGUGUCAUGGGUCUCUACGGGAUGGGAGGAGUAGGGAAAACAACUCUUCUCGCACAGAUCAACAAUAAGUUUUGUGGCGUAAGUGUUAGGGUUGAUAUUGUCAUUUGGAUUGUAGUGUCCAGCGAUCUACGGGUUGAGAAGAUUCAAGAUGAGAUUGCUGAGAAGUUAGGCCUUAGUGGAGGGUGUUGGAACCAAAAAGAGAAAAGACAGAAGGUCACUGAUAUACACACUCAUAUGAAGAAUAAGAAAUUUGUUUUGUUAUUGGAUGACAUUUGGAGAAAAGUGGAUUUAACAGAAAUCGGAGUCCCAUUUCCUACAAGAGAAAAUGGAUGCAAAGUAGUAUUCACCACUCGUUCUAGGGAAGUAUGUGGCCACAUGGGGGUUGAUGAUCCAAUGGAAGUUGAGUGUCUAGCAAAGCAUGACGCGUGGGAUUUGUUCAAGAAAAAGGUUGGACAACUCACCCUUAAAAGCCAUCCAGACAUAACUGAACAAGCAAGAAAAGUUGCCGAAAAAUGUUGUGGCCUACCACUGGCGCUCAAUGUCAUUGGCGAGACCAUGUCAUGCAAGAGGACUAUACAAGAAUGGUAUCAUGCGGUUCAGGUUCUGAAUUCGUAUGCUGCAGAUUUUUCUGGCAUGGAUGACCAAAUCCUACCUAUUCUAAAGUAUAGCUAUGACAGUUUGAAGGGUGACCAGAUUAAGUCAUGCUUUCUGUAUUGCUCUCUUUUUCCUGAAGAUUACUUGAUGAGGAAAGAGAAGUUGAUAGACUACUGGAUAUGUGAAGGAUUCAUAAGUGAAAAAGAAGGUAGAGAGAGAACAUUAAACCAAGGUUAUGAGAUAAUUGGUACCCUUGUCCGUGCAUGUUUGUUGUUGGAGGAAGGAAGGAAUAAAUCAAAGGUGAAAAUGCAUGAUGUAGUUCGUGAGAUGGCUCUAUGGAUAUCAUCUGAUCUUGGGGAAAAUAGAGAAAAGUGUAUCGUGAGAGCAGGUGUUGGGUUAUGCAAGGUACCAGAAGUCGAGAAUUGGAGGGCUGUGGAAAGGAUGUCACUGAUGAAUAAUAAGAUUGAAGAGAUAUCUGGUAGUCCCAAGUGUCCCAAACUUACAACUUUGUUCCUCCAAGAAAACAUACCAUUGACAAGUAUUGCAGGUAAAUUCUUUAUGUGUAUGCCAAAGCUAGUUGUUUUGGAUCUGUCUAAGAACUUGCGUCUUGAUGGAUUGCCGGACGAGAUAUCAGAGUUGGUCUCCUUGAAGUAUCUUGAUUUAUCAAGAACAUUGAUUGUGCGACUACCUGCUUGUCUCCAAAAAUUAAAGAAACUAAUGCAUCUGUAUCUAGAGGGUACAACAAGUCUUCGGAGCAUCGAUGGGAUAUCAAAUUUGUCGCGCUUAAGAACAUUAACGUUACGUUAUUGCAAUAAACUCUUGUUUGACGGAAGGUUGAAGGAGUUGCUUCUCUUGAAACGCUUAGAAGUUCUAACCAUUGAGAUCAAGUCAAGAUCUGUUUUGGAGACACUGUUUUUCUCUGGCAUGUUGUGGAGAUGUAUUCAAAAGGUAGUUAUCAAAGACAUUUGGGACGAAUCUAUUGAUUUAUUGACUUUUCCGACUAAUCUCCGUAGCCCUAGUAGUCCAUACUUCCCAAACCUCUCAUCUGUGUCUAUAGAAAGGUGUUCUGGUCUAAAAGAUUUAACUUGGUUGUUGUUCGCUCCAAACCUUUUACAUUUAGAAGUGAAGAGUUUAGGGAGACUAGAAGAAGUAGUGAGCAAAGAGAAAACUGAUAAGCAGCAGCAGCUACAAGGUAUUGUUCCGUUUGGAAAACUAGAAACUCUAGUGAUGCUUGACUUACCAGUGGUGGAGAGCAUCUACUGGACUCCCCUGCUGUUUCCAUGUCUGAGGGAAAUGUACAUAGAACUAUGUCCCAAACUGGGGAAGCUUCCGCUUGAUUCUAAAAGCGUAGCUGAAGUUGAAGGGUUUGUCAUAAAAUGUGAAGCUACAGAUUGGAUUGAAGGGAUUGAGUGGGAGGAUGAAGCCACAAGACUUCGUUUCUUGCCGACACGCAAAAUGGUCGUAGGUUACUGCUAUUAGUAAGUCGUGAAGGAUGUGAAGUCACGUUUCCUGUAUUUCUCUCAAUUUGUCGAAGAUUUAAUCAUAAAACAAGAUGAAGGUAGAGAAAAAGCAUUCAACCAAAGGUAAUGAUAUGCUCAGUAUUCUUGCGUUGAUCUUUGUUGUUGGAGGGAGCUAAGGAUAAAGAUUUUGUGGGUAUGCAUGAUGUGGUUCAUGAGAUGGCUCUGUGGAUAUCAUCUGAUUUUGGAAAACAUAAAGAGGGAUGUAUUGUGCAUGCCGGGCGUUGGAUUAUAUGAACUACCUAAACUCAAGAACUUGAGAGCUAUGAAAAAGUAUGUCAUUGAACUCUGUUCCUUCAGAAAAACUACAAGUUGGUAUGACAACUGAAACUGGCAAGGACGAGGAGACUUGAGAGCAUUUUCAGGGAUAUCAGUGUAUCACAUUUGUCAAGUUUGAGGACAGUGAGACUAGGAGAUUCAAAAACAACACUUGAUAUGAGCCUAAUAAUGAAAGAGCUACAGCUCGUAGAACAGAGAUACAACUCUCUUUAUUUUAUUUUUUUUUUGUGUGCAAAAAAACAGAUACAACUCAUGAUUUCUUUUUCUCCCUCUGUUUUUGGUUCUGUAGUAAUCUUUGAAAUAUUAUGUUAAAAACAAAGAAACAAAUUAGAUUGUUGGUUUGGUUUUGUUAACGUAAGCAGAUGAUUAUUUUUA